AUGACGUAUGGUGUAAGGCUGCUAAGUUUUGACGUAAAGACGUGUUUUUGCACCUCAAGACGCGGGAGAAAUGUUUCCGUUUCGGAGAGAAGUGUGUUGACUUUCUAUGGUGUGAACGGUUUCGGCAAAUACGUAGAUGACCUUUUGGAGAAAAUGAAACCUCCUCCCUCGGCGGAGAUUUCCGAUUCACCCAGACUAGCACAAUUUUUUGGGACGUCGGCUAGCACAUUAAAUUGCCGAGCCACGACCUUUUUGAGGAUUUUGAGGGGAGUUGCCAUUGAGAAUCAUAUUCACUACCUCAGUACCCUGCACACUGGGCCCUGCCGUCUCGGACGUCGGACGGUAUGGCGACCGGUGAGAUACGUCUUUAAUCCUGGACCAAGGCGACACACGCAUGACUCGCCAUGGAGACUGUGUAUUUACAAUGCGAGAACAGCAUCCACAGACGCCGACCUGCAUGCCCAUCUCAAAACUGCAGAGCGUAUCAAAUUUCAUGUGAUUGUUCUGCAGGAGGCCAAGUGCAGAAGGAGCGACGUACGAAAGGUGAAUGACGGUACACUCGUCAUUCAUGGAGAGAAGGUUCCGUCGCGAAAUGUAGGCGGGAAUGGUUUAGUUGUGCACCUAUCUGUUGUCCAUCUUGUCGAUUCACACGAGAUCCUGUCACCUCGCCUGGCCAAUCCUCGCCUCUGCCCUCUGCGCCCAAAACCUAUCAACAUCAUCAAUUGCUACUCACCAACAUCAGCAGCUGAUGAUUCCAAAUUGGAUGCGUUUUACGAGAAGCUGGAGGAAGUGAUCCGCAACGAAAUGUCCCCCUACAAAUUCGUUGUUGGAUACUUCAACGCUACAGAAGAGGAAUACAGGAUCGGAAGAUUUGGGCUAGAAGACCGGAAUGAAAAUGGCAAUCGUCUCGCCGAACUGUUGCCCACCGCUCGCCUCUUUCCUGGGAAAUGUCUUUUCAUUGAGAAAGAUCAUCGUUGGUGGACAUGGGAAUCGCGCAAUGCGGACUCUGACUCGUGCGGAGAUCGACCGCAUACUCAGCAACUGGAGGUGGUGUCUACUGUGUACCCAUUUUAUAGCUGGCUUCGGCACACCAAUUGGACGAAGGUGGACUCAUCGCAAUCCAUUUUAUAG